GGGUCUAAUAGAUUCUGUAGUAGUGCAGGAUGCACUGCCGCCGGAAAUCGUCCUCCGCCCUCCACCCCCAGGACGCGCCUCCACCGGGUGGAUCCGGCCGGCCGCCCGUCGCACAGAAGCGGUUCCAAACAGGUCUUUCUCCGGCGAGGCCACGAGCUCUGAUUCGAGAUGGUUUCAUAAGUUCUGUGAAGGAGCUCCGCUUCCUUUUAGCUGCAAUAGAACGUGUGUGGGCAAACUUCGUUCAUUAUGACAGGGCAAAGGAGAUUGUUUGGCUUUUGGAAUUCCAAACUUUCGAUGACAAGUCCAGUGCCAUUAGUGUUGGGACCGGCAUUAACAAACAGCUUACCGAGAUGAUUAUGAAGCGGCGCAACCCUGGGCAGACAUUGGUUGUCGGAAAGCAGGAAUACAAAUCAAUCAUUGAAUCAAGCUUGGGAAUACAUUGCCUGCACAAUGAAAUUGUGAAGGAUGUAAUGUGGGGCAUGCAGCGUCACAUGCACAGGUUGGUGCCCAUGGAAAAAUCAGAGCUGCCUAAAGAGGAUCGUGUCCCUAUGAGUCAAGGACUGCAGAUGCUCCUGAGUCGUCAUGGCUUUCAUGUCAAACCAAAGAUGAUAAAUGAGGAGAUUGUUGUAGCUGCAUUGAGCUUGUUUAAAUAUGAUGUUGCUAAGAAGGAAGAAUAUCCGCCCUUGCGCCGUAUUGGUGGUUUCCUUAAGGAUGUCUCCGGCAUUGACUGUAAGAAUUGGCGUGCUCUGAAAAUUGCGACUGCUUUUAAGAUCAUAUGCACCCAUGAAAUUGGCGACUCAGAUGAGACGUUGUCGAAAGAUCUGCAAAUAAAGUUGCUGGAAGAUGCAGAUCGUUACCAAGAUUUAAUAGAUGGGCCAGCUUGCAUAGUAACCUACAGAAGACUGAUGUAUGCCCAUCGAGACAUCACUCAAAGCAAAGGUAUAUUUGCCUCAUUGGUUAAGAAAGCUAAAGCGAGUGAAAGCGUACUCGAGGAGCAUGGGAACUAAGACUAAAUAAACCCAUGUUCAGGAUGUGGCUGAGCCUCUUGUAGCAACUAAACAAUUUGGUUGGCAGCCCGCAGUUUUUGUACGCAUGUGGUGAACUUGCCAUCUUUGUUGGCUUGUAACAUCUGCGUGCACUAGUUUUUUUUUUUUUUUGAGAAACGUGCACUAGUUAGCAUCGUUUGGAUCUAAGGGAACAAAAUGACGUGUUUAUUUAUGACUGACGUUUGGGAUCA